AUGCCUGGCAUCACCUGGGACGCUGAGGCUGAUCGCAAGAUCUUGCUCGCAGUCUUGAAGGACCCAAGCGCCUCAGCCAACAUUGACUGGGACGCUCUCGCAGCUGAACUCAGCACCGACAGUGUCACUUGCACUGUUUCUGCCUUGAAGAAACACAUCUCUCGCAUUCGCAUCGCUGCCAGAGAUGACAAUGGUGAGGGAUCUGACAGCCCUGCUCCCAAGACUCCUGCCGUCAAGAAGACCAAGGCCAAGGGUACUGGUACUGCUGGUUCUUCUGCCGGUCCCAAGACCAAGGGUAAAGGCAAGGCUACCCCUAAGCGCAAGGUCGCUGAUGACUCGGACGAUGACGAAGAGGGCACUCCUCUGACUAAGAGGGUCCAGAAGGCUGCUCCUGGCCAGGAAGAACUGAAGAUCAAAGCCGAAGGCAGUGAUGCCGAAGCUUAG